AUGUGGACUUCAAGCACGAGUUCACAGGCUCAGACACCCUCCUCCCGACUCUUCGACGGUGGCGUGAUGCGGGAAUACCCGCCGAAUGGGCCUGGGGUGCAACAAUGGAAAACUUUGACCCCUAUACCCUAUGGUGUGGAGAAACCCGCCGUCUUCGCAGUUCAUACGUCUGCAAGUCUAGGGCAAGGGCUAUUCGGCAGACUUGAAAAUUUCUCGUCCCAAGAGCCCCUGGCUCUCUUCCCAAAACCUCUUUCCUGGUAUGCGCGUGACCAUUUCAUCAAAACGGCGUUUGCGUUCCCGAUUAAUGCCUGGUACAUGGGGAAAGUUCUCCGCGCUGCCCUUGUAGACGCGAAAACGCUGCACUCCUCCCUUGACCAGCAAGAGCGAUAUCUGCUGGUCAAGCACUUCAAUGAUCCGAGGAGUGAGUUGAAAGUUCUGAUAAUGACUUACGAUGUCGGUUCCGUCGGCCUGAAUCUCCACAAAGCAUGCAACUGCGUUAUCCUCACUGCGCCGAGCAGAAGCUGGAGCCAAGAGGCUCAGGCAACGGGGCGCGCGCUUCGGAUCACUUCAGAAUUCCCUCUGGUAGUCAUCCGCGUGUCAACCCCAAACACCCAUGAUCCGUUCCGAAAUGCAAAACAAGCCGACAAGGCUUGCUUGCAGCUCGCCGUGAACGCCCAUGAUCCGGACUUCAGAUCAAUGAUGCUGAAGGAGUUGAUCGCCAUCCAGCCUGAGGUUGAUAAGUACGCGAUUGAAGACCCCUCCGACCAGGAUAACGAGAGUUCCCCUCCCCCAGAAGAUGACUCACGCGACGAAGACUACGUCGGCAACGCCACUGAUGAAGGAGAAUAUGAUGAUGAAGAGGACGAACUCGCCUCUCUCCUAUUCGCGGCGGAAGCUCUCUUCCAGCACGUCGGCAGCGUCCCCCAACUCCAACACGGGGAUUUCUCAUCGGACGGAUCCUCGGAUGCAUCAAAUGCCUCGGAGUCAGAGAGCGACGGCGAUAAAGAACCUGCAGCACCGGGGAAGGGCACUGCGCACGCUCGUGAUCUCGCAUCCCGGAACAAAGCCAAAAGCUGGGAGGCUUUUGUGGACCAUACUCAACCGACGGAUGCUGAUCGCCAUCGUUUGGCACUCCUAACAUUACCCGCCCAGAAAACGUGGGCUGUGAAGGAUCUAGACAAUCCUCAGUUCUAUAUGAUCUCACUUCGACUUAUGUACAACAGAAUGCGUGGGGUGAAAACUCUGCACCUCGGAACAAGCAUUUACAUAAACUACCAUGAUGAUCCUUCGUUCCUUGAUAUCGCCAAACGUAUCCUCCGAAUCGACCACCCAGCGCCGCGAAUCACUGGGGGAGCCGAUAUCAACAAGGGAGAAGAUGGAUGGCUGCCAGAUUCUGUCAGCGAGUAUGAGGCUGCUCUGAGGUGGAUUCAACAACUUGAAAAGGAGCGGGACACAUAUUCAAAAAUGCUCAAGGGGGCAUACUACCUUGGGCAUAUCGUUGCCGGAAGUGGCAUGCAUCGCACCCGGCUCGAUGGGGACAACCGUCGAGUGGCCGUUGACUGGGCUCUGAUAAAGAUUUCGAGUAAUAGAAUCCACCGGCAAAUUAAUGGAGAUCGCGUCUCUGGAAACAAGGGGUUCCAGUACAGCAACAUGCCGACCAACCCCCCAUAUCAUGGUGGUCAUGGAUUCGCGCGACGGAUUGAAAAUUUACAAAUCCGGGCGAUCUACUGGCAUGACAGCUUCUAUGAUGGAGACUCUGGGUCUUGGGUAACAAGAGUGGAUGGGAAGGUUCUCCGAAUAUUAACCGGAGGUGAUGAGCGGCAGGGAACGACCUACUUCUGCCGGAUAAAUGACGUGUUCGACGAUAUCAAAGAUAUCACCGGCGCAGCUGAAGUCAGAAUCGCUCCGCCGCCAGUUUUGUGA